AUGUCCGAUCGCUCGGGGCCGACUGCCAAGGGGAAGGAUGGAAAAAAGUAUUCCUCGCUCAACCUGUUUGAUACCUACAAGGGCAAGUCCUUAGAGAUCCAGAAACCCGCUGUCGCCCCCCGCCAUGGCCUGCAGAGUCUCGGCAAAGUCGCCAUUGCCCGGCGCAUGCCACCCCCAGCCAACCUGCCAAGCCUGAAAGCCGAGAACAAAGGCAAUGACCCCAACGUCUCGCUAGUGCCCAAAGACGGAACAGGAUGGGCAAGCAAACAGGAGCAGACCGACCCCAAGUGUUCCGAUGCCUCGACCGCUCAGCCGCCGGAAUCGCAGCCACCGCCGGCUUCGCAGACGCCUGCCUCCAGCCAGCCGAAGCGACCCCCAGCGGGACCCGAGAAUGCCCCUUCGGCUCCAAGCGGGGCAAAGUCUUGGGCGCAGGCCAGCGUCACCCACGGAGCACACGGGGAUGGUGGAAGGGCAUCAAGCCUACUGUCGCGAUUCUCUCGAGAGGAAUUUCCGACCCUGCAGGCGGCUGGCGACCAGGACAAAGCUGCCAAGGAAAGGGAGUCUGCCGAACCGUCGUCUGGGCCCGGACCAAGCCUCCGCCCCCAGAACUCCACCACCUGGAGGGACGGAGGUGGGCGGGGCCCCGAGGAGCUGGAGGGCCCGGACUCCAGGCUCCACGCAGGGCUCCAGCCUGCCGGCCCACCCCAGUUCCCUCCCUAUCGCGGAAUGAUGCCGCCUUUCAUGUACCCCCCGUACCUGCCCUUUCCUCCCCCUUAUGGACCGCAGGGGCCUUACCGCUACCCCACACCUGAUGGGCCUAGCCGCUUCCCCCGUCUGGCUGGGCCCCGGGGUGCAGGCCCCCAGCUGCGCCUGGCCGAACCCGUCAGCCGCCCGGCCAUCCUCAAGGAGGACAACCUCAAGGAGUUCGACCAGUUGGACCAGGAGAACGACGACGGCUGGGCCGGGGCCCACGAGGAGGUCGACUACACCGAGAAGCUCAAGUUCAGCGACGAGGAGGAUGGGCGCGACUCUGACGAGGAAGGGGCCGAGGGCCGCAAGGAGCCCCGCCCUGCCGGCGAAGAGCGGCCUCCCGGAUCGGAGGCCGACGGCCCAAAGGGGGGCUCCCCGCCCGAGCCGCCUCCCCCGAAGACCGCCUGGGCCGAGAACUCUCGCCCACCCGAGGAGCCCGGGCCCCCGCCCAAGCCGCCUCCGCCUCACCGAGGCCCAGCUGGCAAUUGGGGACCCCCUGGGGAUUAUCCAGAUCGCGGCCCCCCCUGCAAGCCCCCGGCCCCAGAGGAUGAAGACGAGGCCUGGCGGCAACGGCGCAAACAGUCGUCGUCUGAGAUCUCGCUUGCUGUGGAGCGGGCCCGGCGCCGGCGCGAGGAGGAGGAGCGGCGCAUGCAGGAGGAGCGCCGGGCGGCCUGCGCCGAGAAGCUCAAGCGACUGGACGAGAAGUUCGGGGCCCCCGACAAGCGGCUCAAGGCCGAGCCGCCCGCCCCCGCCGUGGCCGCCACCCCGGCCCCGGUCCUGGUCCCAGCCCCGGCCCCGGCCCCUGCUGCCGUCACCACCGCCGCGGUCCCCGCCGUCGCCCCGCUCCCACCGGGCCCCCCCGCCGCCCUGCCUGCACCCUCCACGGCCCCGGAGAAGGAGCCCCGGGAGCCGGGCGUGGCCCUGGCCGUGACCCCGGCCCCGGCCCCGGCCCCGGCCGCGGCCCCGCCGCCCGCCCCGGCCGCGGUCCCGGCCCCAGCAGGCGGUGACGGCACCGGCGGCUUUGAUCCCGGCCCAGCGGAGCCCCCGCUGCCCACGAAGGAUGGGCCUGAGCUGUUGGACGAGGCCCCCCAGCCGGCCACUCCCCCGACGCCCAAGGCGGAGCCCAAAGCGGACGGGCCGGGGCCAGCCCGGCCGCCCCCCGGCCAAGGCCUGGGCUACCCCAAGUACCAGAAGUCGCUGCCUCCGCGCUUCCAGCGGCAGCAGCAGGAGCAACUCCUGAAACAGCAACAGCAGCAGCAGUGGCAGCAGCAGCAGCAGCAGAACUCGGCUCCGCCCACCCCGGUGCCCCCAUCGCCCCCUCAGCCCGUGGCCCUGGGUCCCGUGCCGGCCCCGCCGGCCCCGCCCCAGCCGCCCAAGGCCCUGUACCCGGGCUCGCUGGGGCGGCCCCCGCCCAUGCCCCCCCUGAACUUCGACCCCCGCUGGAUGAUGAUCCCGCCCUACAUGGACCCCCGGCUGAUCCAGGGGCGGGCCCCGCUGGACUUCUACCCGCCGGGUGUGCACCCCUCUGGCCUUCCCCGGGAGCGUUCGGACAGCGGGUCGAGCUCGGAAUUCGAUCGGCACCCGACGCCCCUCCUGCAGCGGGGCACCCCCCCGGUGGACGCCAAGCUGGCCUGGGCCGGAGACGUGUUCGCGACCGGGAACGCCGACCCCCGGCCCCUGCCUUCGCCCCUGCGUCAGACGGCGGACGAGGAAGACAAGGGGAUGAGGAGCGAGACGCCCCCAGCUCCACCCCCACCCCCUUACCUAGCCACCUACCCGGGCUUCCCCGAGAACGGAGCCCCCGGCCCCCCUCUCUCCCGCUUUCCUCUGGAGGAGCCCGCGCCCCCUGGGACGCGCCCGGGACCCUGGGCCCCCGCCGACGAGACUCCGAAGCUGCCGGCUCCCCUCAAGAAGGAGCCCCCGAAAGAGGAGCCCCCCCCGGGCGGCCCGGAAGCCGGGCGCAAACCCCCCCGCGGGGCCAACGGGGGCCCGCCCCUGCGCCGCGAGAGCCGAACCGAGACCCGCUGGGGCCCGAGGCCCGGGAGCAGCCGCGGCCCCCCCGAAGAGGCCGUCACGGGGGCCCCUCCGCCCCCGCGGGCCGGACCCAUCAAGAAGCCCUGGGGCCUCCCCACGGAGGAGCCGCCCGCCAAGGCCCCCGACACGGCGGAGGAGACCCCCAGGCCGGACCCCCUCAAGCCACCCAAAGUCAAGGGGAUGGCGGCGAUGGGGAAGGAGCCCCCGUCAUGGGGCGGGCCCCUGUCCCCCAGCCCCCGGCCCCGCCGCGACUACUCCUCCGAGGGCCCCGGACCCCUGCUGGGGCGGGGCGGGGGGGAAUACUUCGCUCCGGGUGGCCGCGGCUUCCGCACCUACGGGGGCCGGGGGCCGGGCCGCGGCCGCGAGUUCCGCAGCUCCCAGUUCCGGGCAGAGGACGGGCGUGUCGGGGGGCCCCCCCACCCCCUGCCGCGGGGCCGCACGGCCAGCGAGACGCGGAGCGACGAGUACGAGGAGGUGCCCAAGCGUCGCCGCCAGCGGGGCUCGAGCACGGGCAGCGAGACCCACGAGAGCGACCUGGCGCCCGACAAGGAGGUUGCCGUGCCCCCGGCCGCCCCGCCGCCGCUCCCCCCGCACCCGUCGCCGGCCCCGGGAGCCCGCUUCCCGGCGGCCCGGGGCGGGCGCGUCUUCACCCCCCGCGGGGUCCCCUCCCGCCGGGGCCGCGGGGGCGGGCGGCCCCCGGUGAUGGCCGGUUGGAGUCCCCCGGCCAAGGCCCUGGGCCCCAAGAAGCCCCUGGGGGCGCCGCCGCCGCCGCCGAGCAAGGAAGCGGUCGUCGUCAUCGUCGGGGGCGGCGGCGGGGCCAAGGAGAAGGCCCCAGGCGGAGGCGGCAUUCCGGGCCCGCCGCCGCGGGGCGGCCUGGAGGACGGCGAACGGCCGCGGCGCAGACGGCACGGCCGGGCCCAGCAGCAGGACAAGCCGCCCCGAUUCCGCCGGCUCAAGCAGGAGCGGGACAACGCGGCCCGCGGGGCGGACGGCCCCUCCCCGGCCCCGGCCCCGGUCCCGGCCCCGGCCCCCGACGAGCCCCCCGACGCGGGCCCGGGCCCCGCCCCCGCCCCGCCAGCCCCGCCCCCGGCCCCGGCCUCCUCGCAGCCCGCCCAGCCGCCCCCCCGCCCGGCGGCGGCCAAGUCCCCGGACCUCUCGAACCAGAACUCGGACCAGGCCAACGAGGAGUGGGAGACGGCCUCGGAGAGCAGCGACUUCGCCGGCGAGCGGCGCGGGGACAAGGAGGCCCCCCCGGCCGCCCUGCUGACCCCCAAGGCCGGCGGCGGGGGGCCGCCCGGGGGGCCGGGACCGCGUCCGGAGCCCAGUCACCGGGCCCGCGACCUGAGCAAGCGCAGCUUCUCCAGCCAGCGGCCCGGCAUGGAGCGGCAGAACCGGCGCCCGGGACCCCCGGGCAAGGCCGGGGGCGGCGCCGGGGGAGGGCCGGGGGGUCGGGCCGGGCCCAGCCGGGACAAGAGGAACUGGCCUUCUCCCAAGAACCGCAGCCGGCCCCCAGAGGAGCAGCCCGUGGGGCUCCCCCUGCCUCCCCCGCCACCCAGCAGCUCGGCCGUCUUCCGCCUGGACCGGGUCAUCCACAGCGACCCAGCCGGCAUCCAGCAGGCUUUGGCUCAGCUCAGCAGCCGCCAGGCGGCGCCGGGGUCGGUGCCCCCGCGGCCCAAGCCGGGACCCCCCGCCGCUCCCCGGGCCCCGGCCCACUACGAGCCCCCCCGGGCCAGCAGCCACGGCGCCGGCGGCACCGACCCCCACCUCGUGGAGCCGGGGCCGGCGGCGAGGGGGGUGGACUCCGCCGGGAGCCCCUUCCCCCCCAAACGGCGGGAGCGGCCCCCCCGCAAGCCGGAGCUGCUGCCGCCAGAGGAGGCCCCGCCCCCUCCCCACGGCUCCGCGUUCCCGGGUCCCAAGCCGGAGGGGCCGGGGCCCCGGGGGGAGCCUCGGGACCCGGGCACGGAGACCCUGGCCCCCCACAUCUGGAACCGCCUGCACAGCACAGCCAGCCGCAAGAGCUACCGGCCCGGCUCCGAGCCCUGGAUGGAGCCCCUCACCCCCCUGGAGGACGGGCCCGGCCCGGAGAUGAGCCAGUCCGACAGCGGGGUGGACCUGAGUGGCAGCUCCCAGGUAUCUUCCGGGCCCUGCAGCCAGCGCAGCUCUCCCGAUGGGGCGCUCAAGGCGGUGGAGGGCGCCCCCAAAAGGCCGGGCCCCUCCCUGAGCGCCACGUCCGCCGAAGGGCCACCGGGCCCAGAGCCCCCGGACCCCUCUCGGAGACGGCCGCCCGCCCCCCGCGACGGGGAUAAGAAGGAGCCACCCCCACCCCCGGCCAUCGGCACCGAGCGGGGCCAGCGCGCCGACCGAGGCCAGGAGUCCGCCGGGGCCCCCCGGGACCCCCACCGGCCCCCCCCCAUCCAGUUUGGAGCCAGUGAUAAGGACUCGGACCUGCGGCUCUCCCUGGCAGAGGGCGUGAAGCCAGAGGAGGAUCUCACUCCGUCCGGGGGCGAGGGGGCCGCUCCGGGCCCCCGGGACUGGGAGUUGCUCCCUCCCAGGUCCCAGCCGGCAGAGCCGCGGCCCAAAAGCCUGGGCCCCCCGCACUGCGGGCCGGAGCCCGGACCCUCGCCCGGACCCUCGCCCGGACCCUCGGGGCCUCGGCUCUACCCCGAGCUCUUCUACGGCAGCACAGGCCCCCCCGGCUCUCAGGUCCCGGGAGCUGCCGUGGACUCCACGCUCCACCCCAACACGGGCGCCUUCCGCCCCAGCACACCUUCGCUGCACCCCUUCAGGUCGCAGCCUCUCUACCUGCCGCCCGGCCCGGCCCCGGGCUCGGCGCUGCUGUCGGGGGUGGCCCUCAAAGGCCAGUUUCUGGAGCUGUCGGCCCUGCAGGCGGCCGAACUGGGCAAACUGCCCGGCGGGGGCGUCCUCUACCCGCCGCCCUCCUUCCUCUACCCGCCGGCCUUCUGCCCCAGCCCCCUGCCCGACCCCGCCCUGCUGCAGGUUCGUCAGGACCUACCGUCACCCUCAGACUUCUACUCGGCCCCCCUGCAGCCCGGCGGCCAGAACGGCUUCCUGCCCCCAGCCGCGCCUGCCCAGCAGAUGCUGCUUCCUGUGGUGGAGUCCCAGCUGCCGGUGGUCAACUUCAGCUCCCUGGCCCCCGCCCCGCCUCCAGCUCCUCCUCCCCCUCCUCCUCCGCUGUCCCUGCUGCCCGUGGGCCCCGCCCUCCAGCCCCCCAGCCUGGCGGUCCGCCCUCCGCCCGUGCCCCCGGCCCGGGUGCUGCCCUCGUCUGCCCGGCCCUUCCCCCCCAGCCUGGGGCGGGCGGAGCUGCAUCCGGUGGAGCUGAAGCCAUUCCAGGACUACCGUAAGAUGGGCAACCUCGGGGGGGCCGGGGCCCGCACCCCCACAGCCGCAAGGCCCUUCUCCGGCCUCGGCUCCCUCACCCCGCCCAAUGGCUACAGCGGUAUUUUUCGCACCCAGCGCUUCGACCUCUACCAGCAGGCCUCUCCGCCGGACGCCUUGCGCUGGACGCCGAAGCCCUGGGACCGAGGGGGCCCCCCUCCCCGCGAGGGGCCUCCGAGGCGGCCGGAGGAGACGCAGCCCCGGCCUGGAGACAAGGACCCUGGCCUGCCCCCUCCCCGCUGA